AUGUUUGGGCGGAAGCGGCUCUGGAGAGAUGAGCGGGCCAGAGGGCCGAGCCCGCCUCCCCACAAAGUUCUCUGCCGUUCUCGUUCUCCAGAGCCAGGGCCCAGCAGGGGGCACGAAGAGGCGUGGGGCAGCAUUCUGGACGACCUGGACAGACUCGGCAGCCACAGGCCAGGGCAGCUCUUGGCUUUCUUGAAGGCCCACUUGCUCUCGCUGGAGCGCACCCUCAGCAGCCACCAGCUCAGCCCCCCUCAGAUCCGGACUCUGCUGCGGGUGCUCCGGUGUGUGAUGGAGGAGCCCCCCGAGCCGCAGGACGUCCAGCCCGUGCUGGAGGCCUUGCUGCAGCCCCCCUUCCUGCUGCAGAGCCUGCUGGAGUUUGUGGCUCGGCUGGAAACCUUCUGCUCUGAGGGUGGGCAGAUUUCCCAGGUGGUGGGGGACACGGUGGCCACCCUCCAUCACCUGCUCACGGCGUUUCCCAGCCAGGCGCAAACGCUGAUCUGUUACCCCCUGGACCUCCUCUUCACCACAGUCCGGAGGCUCCAGAGCCGUGACUUCCAGCUCACCUGGAUUGUCCGGAAGCGGCUGUGGGAUGCCAAGGCCCUCCUGGACAGGGCCUUCCCAAACCAGUGGGAGCCCAGUGUGGCCUCCCCAGCAGACCGGGAGGAUUUCCGCCGUAUUCCCAUCUUCCCCACUGCAGAGGACAUCUUCCUGGAGCCCACUCGGAAGCUGAAGCCCAACAUCAAAUCGGGCAGGUAUCAGAGCGACGCAGCGUACCUGGACACCCACUUCCGCCUGUUGCGGGAAGACCUGGUGAAGCCCCUCCGGGAUGGGAUCUCUGCUCAGUUCACCCUCCCCAACCAUUUCUCGGGCUCCGAGAGAGCGAGAGGUGACGGGCUCCUGCUCUAUCCCAAUGUCCGGCUGGUGGAGGUGGGCACCUCAUUCUCUGGCACCAUGUACCUGGCCAGGUACUCCACCAAGAAGAGGGCUGCUCCCUUCUCCUCCAGGCGUCUGCUGGGGGGCUCCCUCGUCUGCCUCAUCUCCAACGACAGCGACCAGGUGCUCUUUGGGACGGUGGCCGGGGCCAACAGGAAGGAGGCCCUCCACGGGGCGGUGUGGCUGGAGCUCAGGUGCUCCCACCGCUUCCUCCAGGGGCACCUGGGCAGGACCCACUUCACCAUGGUGGAGUCCCCUGCCUUCUUUGAGGCCUACCGCCACGUGCUGGAGGGCCUGCAGAAGGGAUUUGGCAGUCAGGUGCCCUUCAGCAGGUAUAUCGUGAAAUGCCGCCAUGACGUCUCCCAGCCGGCAUACUUGGAGGGGAAAGCGGUGACCUUUGACCUCUCUGCUCUGCGUUCCCCUGGGAGUAAAAGUGGAGCUCUUGAGGUGGGUAUGGGGGGUGCCCCAACAAUGAAAAUCCCUGCUGGGGACCUGACAGCAAUGAACCCACUUUGUGAUCACGUUUGGAGUCCGGAGAUGUUCCCCCACCUGGAUGAGUCUCAGAUCUCGGCCAUCCGGAUGGCUCUGAGCAGAGAGUUUGUGCUGAUCCAGGGCCCUCCUGGCACAGGCAAAACAUUCAUAGGGCUGAAGAUUUUGCAAGUCCUUCUGGCCAACCAGGCCCUCUGGAAUCAGGACUGCACACCCUGCCUGGUGGUUUGUUACACGAACCAUGCCCUGGACCAGUUUCUGGAGGGGACCCUCCAGUUCCAGAAGUCAGGAAUCGUGCGUGUUGGGGGCAGGAGCAAGAGUGAGGCCUUGGCUCUGUUUUCCUUGAGGAAUUUGCGGAAGCAGAUGCUGGGACACAGAGGCCUGCUGCUGCUCGAAAAGAAGAAGCUCUACGGCCGGACACUGCGCUUUCUGACGGACCGGAAGAAGAGUAUCGCCGAACACAUGGAGGUGCUGAAGCUGCUGGACUGUGCCAUCCUCAAAGAGGAGGAGCUGGAAGCCAUGAUCCUGGAGGACAACCUGCGGAUACCACAAGGGGGGCUGCUGCAGUGGCUGAAGAUCUACCCCCCAAAAGAGAGAGGGACCUCUCAGAGGCCCAGAACCUGCCGGAGAGCAGCAGACUCAGACUUCAUCCAGUGGGAUAAGGAUGAGCGAUUCUUGGAUGACUAUGACAACGAUUUCGACAACAUGGAGGCUCGGACAACACCUGAGAGCAAGUUUGCCUACAUCCUCCCUGCCGAGGAGAGCGCCACUCGGACCAAGAUUCUGGACUGCUUGAGGGAGAAGGACAUCAUGAGUUCCCAGGAAGUGGCAGAGAUCCAAACCCCCCAGGAGCUGUGGCUGAGGGACCGCUGGCGACUGUACAGGAGAUGGGUGGCCACCUACAAGGAGCAGCUGAAGGCGGCCCUGGUGGAGGAGCUGGAGGCCUAUGAGAAGAAGGCGGCUAGCCUGCAGGAGCUGACCUUCGAGGAAGACCUGAGCAUCCUGAAGCGUAGCAGGGUCAUUGGCAUGACCACCACAGGAGCAGCCAAAUACCGGAAGCUGCUGCAGAACAUCCAUCCCCGCAUCGUGGUGGUGGAAGAGGCAGCAGAAAUCCUGGAGGCCCACGUCCUGACGGCCCUCACCACCUCCUGCCAGCACCUCAUUCUCAUUGGCGAUCACCAGCAGCUACGACCCAAACCAGCAGAUUACACCUUGGAGAAGAAGUAUUUCCUGGGCAUCUCUCUCUUUGAGCGAAUGGUCAACAAUCGCCUUCCCUACGUGCAGUUACUCUACCAGCAUCGCAUGCGGCCAGAGAUCUCCCAGCUGCUUGUGCCGUUGUUCUACAAGGAGCUCCGGGAUCACGCGGCUGUCCUGGACUACGAGAAGAUCAAGGGGAUAGACAAGAGCGUCUUCUUCAUUCAGCACCAUGAGAGAGAGAGCCAGAGCGUGGACUCGGAGAGCUACAGCAACCCACACGAAGCCUCCUUCCUCGUCUCCCUGACCAGCUAUCUGCUCAAGCAGGGCUACUCCAAGAGCCAGAUCACUGUCCUCAGCCCGUACCAGGGACAGGUGGUGAAAAUCCGAACCCUCUUGAAGCAGGAGGGGCUGGAGGAAGUGGCUGCCCAUGCGGUGGAUGACUUCCAGGGGGAAGAAAACGACAUCGUUCUCCUCUCGCUGGUGCGAAGCAACCGCCAGGGGAAGACUGGCUUCCUGAAGGACAAGAACCGGCUGUGCGUGGCUCUCUCCCGGGCCAAGCGGGGCUUCUACUGUGUUGGGGAUCUGGGCUGCCUCUCUGCAGGCAGCGGACUCUGGAAAGAGCUCACGCUUUUGCUCCAGUCAAAGGGCCUUCUUGGGGAAGAGCUGACCCUGGUGUGCCAAAACCACCCAGACACCAAGACUGCCGUGAAGUGCAGUGCGGAUUUCAGCCAGCUCCCCGAGGGAGGGUGCGCACUCGAGUGCCAGACCCGGCUGGACUGCGGCCACCCCUGCGCACGCCACUGUCACCCCCAUGACAGGGAGCACCUAACCAUCAUGUGCCGGUUCCCUUGCAGCAGGGAGCUGUGCGAGUUGAAGCACAAGUGCCCCGGGAAAUGCAGUGAGGCCUGCAGGCCUUGCUCUGUCAAGGUGGAGAAAGUCAUCCCAAAGUGUGGGCACAGCCAAAUGGUGCCCUGCCACGUGCCCGCUGAAGCCUGGGCUUGCAAGGAGCCGUGCCAGCGUCUUCAGGAAUGCAGCCAUCCAUGCAAGCUGCUCUGCGGCCAGGACUGCAGAACUGCAGCGUGCAAGGAAAGGGUGCAGGUGACUCUGCCCUGCUCGCAUACGACUCAAACAGACUGCUUCCGGCAAAAGAUGCCCUUGCGAUGCUAUGAGAAAUGCCAGCAGACGCUGGAAUGUGGCCACAAGUGCCAAGGAAGCUGUUACGAAUGCCUCCAGGGCCGGCUGCACGCUGCCUGUCGGAAGAAGUGCACCAGGGUCCUCCUCUGUGCUCACGUGUGCAGGGGCUCCUGCUGCGAGAACUGCCCCCCCUGCGAGAGGGAGUGCCUCCGGAAAUGCAGCCACAGCCGGUGUGGGAAGUUGUGCGGGGAGAUGUGCGUCCCCUGCGUGCAGCCCUGCGCCUGGGCCUGCAGGCACCACAAGUGCACCCAGGCGUGCUCUGAUCUCUGCGACCGCCCCCGCUGCAACGAGCCCUGCCCCAAGACCCUCAGGUGCAAACACCCCUGCGUGGGCCUCUGUGGGGAGCCGUGCCCCCCCAAGUGCCGGCUGUGCCACCGGGACGAGCUGACGGAGAUCUUCUUUGGCGACGAGGAUGAGCCAGAGGCCCGCUUUGUGGUCCUAGAAGACUGUGGCCAUGUAUUUGAGGUGGGGGGCCUGGACCACUGGAUGGACGGGGCACCGGACGCUGGGGGGGCCCAGCGCGUGCAGCAGCAGGUGUGCUCCAGGUGUUCCACGCCCGUCCAGCACCACCCUCGGUACAGCCGCCUCCUGAAGGCACAGCAGCAGCAAAUGGAUGAAAUCAAGGAGAAGAUCCAGGGCAGCAAACUGGAGCUCCAGGCGGGGAAGAUGGACUUGCUCUCCAAGCUGGCCACGAUCCCCCCGGGCAGUCCUUUCUUCAGACGGGGGGACUGGAGAAGGCAGAUUGCCCGGACUCCCUCCCUGCAGAGCCUCAGGAGCUGGGAGAACACCGUGAGCUUCCUCCAGAGCCUCCAGAGGCUGAACCUCCAGGCCGAGAAGUGCUCGCAGGAGAGGAGGGAGCACCUGAAGGGCUGCACGGCGGCCGUGGAGGCCUGGCUGGGCAGCAGGAGGGGAGGAGAUGCCUUCACAGCCCAGCAGCUCCGGGAAGGCCGGAAUGAGAUCAAGAGGAUCUCCUACUUGGCCAACGUCUUUGUGCGCCUGAGCAGCCUCCAGCAUCCCCCCGGGGCCCAGCUGCCCUCAGAGGCUUCGGCUGCAGUGGGGGAGGCCCUCGCUCUGCUCGACCAGCAGAAGCCCUUUACAGAUGUGGAGGAGGAGCGCCUUCAGGCGACUCUGGCAAAGAUCGACGAGCUGCUGCCGGCCUCUGGGAUGCUUCUCUCCGAGGCCGAGCGGGUCUCCAUAGUGGAGGCCAUGCGCUUUAGGAAGGGCCACUGGUACAGCUGCCCCCGGGGCCACUUGUACACCGUGGGAGAAUGCGGGUGGCCCAUGCAGGAGAGCCGCUGUCCGGAAUGUGGAGCGGCCAUUGGCGGGAGAGACCACAGGCUGGAUCGAAGCAACGUUUCUGCCGACAGUCAGAUGCUGAGCCCCGUCGAAGGCAGAAGGGGUGGGGGCAGUUGCCUUGGCAACAUUGUGGAGUUGGUUGGCCCCCUGGCCCCCUCCCUCCACCAGCUGAGCAGCCGCAGAGAGGUCAGGCCACCCUCUCCCGGAGAGACCCCCACCAGCCCCUGCUGUGUCCAGCACUCCCCGAUGGGCGCAGAGGCCAGCCCCCCAGACUCCCCAUCUCCCCCCCUCAGCACCUGCCCUGGGCCAGCCUCCGCAGGUGAGGAUUCCUCUGAGGAAGGUGGCCAGAUGGGCUCUGCUGCACCUGAGGGUCUCAGCCCCUUCGAGGGAGACCCCACCUCCUUGGGUCAGCCGAGCUCUCCAUCAAAUCCCAGUGGCAGCCCCAGAGAGGCCGUGCCAGACCCUUCUGACUGCCUGCUGCCCCCUCGCAGCCCUUCGGCCAGUCCAAGCAAGACUCCCACCUGGCACACUCUGACAACCACUGAGGCCAACUUGCCGUCUGCCCCACAUCUCCUCACCCGUCAGCCAGACUCCCCAUCUUCCCCCCUCAGCACCUGCCCUGGGCCAGCCUCCGCAGGUGAGGAUUCCUCAGAGGAAGGUUCCCAAAUGGGCUCUGCUGCACCUGAGGUUCCCAGCCCCUCAGAUGGAGUCCCCCUGCCCAGCCUUCAGUCACAGGCACCAGGCAGGGCUCUGGGGGAGCAUCAAGACAGCCCCCAAGUUGACUCCAGAACCCCCCUACUCCCCCCUCAAGAUCCCAGCCACGGAGAAGGCAAUGCCCAAGUGAACCCAAAUGCCAGGAGGAGAAGUGCACGCCUGGCAGCACAGCAUGCCCCAAAAGCUAGUCCUGCUUCAAAGAGAAAAACAGCACUCUGA